GUUGGUCAUGUCGCUGUAUUUACUUUACUGACAAGCAACAAUAAAUUUGUGAUUUACAUUAACUUAUGUCGAGUUAUAGAUACUUAUUGUUUAUAAAAAUUAGUUGAAAUCAUUAAAAUUUUGUUUUUGGCCAUAUGCAUUUUUCUUUAUGUUGAAAUAUUUUCUAAAAAUGCCAUACUAUGCUGUUGCUAGAGGAAGAGUUGUUGGAAUCUUUCCAGAAUGGCAUAUGUGUGAUAGUGCCGUAAAGGCAUUCAAAGGAGCUAAGUUCAAAAAAUUUCACAGCAAAAACGACGCUAUAGCAUUUUUAAAACAACACAAUGUUAAUUAUGAAAGCAAUAACGAUAGCGAUCCCAGUUGCUCAAGUGAAGAGGAAUCCAAACCAAAAGAAUUUUGGCCGGAUGAUGUUGAAUGUGAUGACGAACAAAAUGAUCUUUUGUUGACUGCUUCGGCUGAAGUUGAAGGUUUACCAUCAACGAGUAGUCCUCUUAAAAGAAAACAUGAUUCUAAUGAGAACUCUUCCUCAGGAAAAUCUAAGUUACUAAAACAUAAAUCCCAAGUGUGGGAACCUAUAGGUUUAAAGAAAUUUGGUAAUAUGCAAUUUCCAAUAGAUUCCGAAGGUUUUGUGAUAUGCUAUACAGAUGGAUCUUGUGAAGGUAAUGGUCAAAAUAUUGCUGCUGCUGGAUUUGGUGUUUAUUUCAGCGAAAACCAUCCAUUAAAUACAGCAAAACCAGUUAGUGGACGACCAACAAAUAAUGUAGGAGAGAUACAGGCUUCUAUUUAUGCAGUCAAAUUAGCUCUUGAUUUAGGAAUCGAAAAAUUAUGCAUUAGUACUGAUUCUCAGUUCCUUAUAAAUUCCAUAACUCAGUGGGUCAAAGGCUGGAAAAAAAAUGGUUGGCGUAAAAAAGAUGGUACAAUGGUCAAAAAUUCAGAAGAUUUUAAGGAACUUAAUGCUUUAUUAGAAAAAAAUAAAAUUGAAAUUAAAUGGAAUUAUGUCAAGGGGCAUGAGGGCAUAAUUGGGAAUGAAAAAGCGGAUAAGCUAGCCAGGCAGGGUGCUCAAAUGUAUCGAGAUAAAAAAGUUAUUUCCAAAUAACAAGAUUAUUGUGAAAAAUGUUUGAUAUACUGAUAAGAAGUUCUUACUAUAAAUUGUUAAAUUAAAAUUAAAAAAAUUAGCUUUUGAUUAAACAAUUUGUACUUUAAUCGUUUUAAUCAUAUAUCUUUUAAAGUAUAAUUUUUAAUCGUGCAGCAGAAUUUUUGGACAAGUAAUUUAUUUAAUUUUUAAAAUCAUUUGCUAUUAAGUGAAAAAAUUCAUAAUGAUUCUGUAUACUAGUUUGUUUCUAGUAUUUUUUUUAAAUUAUUUAAAUUUUUCAUCCAUUUAGCCCGAUUUCUCCAAUUUUUUUUCCACGACUUUCAAAAUAUUUUUCUUUUUUAAGCCCGGAUCUUACUUCAAUAUUAAAAAUUAAAGUUGAAAAAUAACUUAGUUAAUAUCAAGUUACCAACAGAUUUUUUGGUUAGAGUUGUAAUAUUCUGCAAAAACUACUCCGUAUAUUUAUGCAUCUUCUUUCAAUUUUUACAUGAUGUAUUGAGAAAAAAUGAAAAACAUACAGAAUAAGGCUAUAAUCACUGAAAAAUAAGAUUUUGAGUUUUAUUAGUUACUAUGAGAACCUUUUUAGACUGUACUGCAACUUUUGCCUACUUCUAAAGAUAAAAGUUAUUCUAUUGGUUAGUCGUUAGUGUAAUAUAAAUUCUAUAUGUUAAUUCAAUUCCUUGCAUUCAAAUUAAUAAAAAAAAAAAAAACAUUUUUUGUAAGUACUUUAUUUAUUUAUUCAAUUUGUUUAUUUUUUCUUUAUAAGGAAUGAUUUAAGCUGUUCUAUUGUUAAUUAGUAAAUUUUGCU